CUCACCACAGCAGGAAGCGAUUUGUAAACACGCGUCACUCUCCGCGAGCAAAGCUGUCAGAAACAGCAACAGUGCGCAGCGAGUGUUGAGCAGAGCUGUUUCACUCGCUUUUAAGACUUUCACAGUAAGUUAGGCACUUAAUCCAGGUGCAGAUAAACUCCCGAGCGCACAGGUGAGAUCUCCAGCGAUGGUCGAGGUGUUUUCAGGCCGGACUCUGGUGAAUAAAGACGGAGAUCUGGUGGAUCCAGAGCCAGCGCUCCGGAAUAAAGUGGUCGGUCUGUAUUUCUCGGCCGGCUGGUGUCCUCCGUGUCGAGACUUCACCCCGCUGCUGUGUGAUUUCUACACGGAGCUGGUGGAGGAGAGCGAGCCUCCUGCCCAGUUUGAGAUCGUCUUCAUAUCCUCGGAUAAAUCCACAGAAGACAUGGUGGAGUAUUAUCAUGACAUGCACGGGGACUGGCUGGCGCUGCCCUGGACCGAUCCCUACAAACACGAACUGAAGAAGAGAUACAACAUCACAGCCGUACCGAAGCUGGUCAUCGUGAAGGAGAACGGUCAGGUGAUCACAGACAAAGGCCGAAAGCAGAUCCGGGACCAGGGUCUGGCGUGUUUCCGGAGCUGGCUGGAGGUGGCCGAGAUCUUCCAGAACUUCAACGGCUGAGAAUCACGCGGAGAAGCUUCCAACGAAUUCACAAGGGCUGCUGAAACCAGCGCUUUACCUGCAGAAACCAGCCUGACAUUCUUAUGCAAUCGUGUUUAAAUCGUUUAAACAUGUCUUUUCAGGGCAACAACCCACACUUGAGUAGUUUACUAUUAUUCUUAAAUAACGUGGUAGUGAGCUUUUGACUGCUAGUGUAUUUAAAGGAAUAGUUCACCAAAAAAUGAACAUUUGCCGAAUGUUUUUUCACUCUGAGGUCAUCCGAGAUUAGGAUGAGUUUGUUUCUUCAUCAGAUUUGGAGAAAUGUAGCAUUGCAUCAGUGUCUCAGCAAUGGAUGUGAAUGGGUGCCGUCAGAAUGAGAGUCCAAACAGCUGAUAAAAACAUCACAAUAAUCCACAAGUAUAGCAUUUCUAUUAUAUACAUUUCUCCAAAUAUGAUGAAGACACAAGCUCGGAUGAUCUGAGGGUGAGUUAAUAUAAAGCAAGUUUUCAAAUGUUUUUUCGUAAGAAUCUAUUUAUAUAAAUCUGCUCUCUGAUAUAUGACUCUAUGCAUCUUCUCUCGUGUGUUUUUGGAGAACAGCAGAUGUUUACUGCUUCUGUUGUUAUGGUACAUGGUAUCUAAAUGCUUUCUAUUCCUCUGUGUCUCAUUAAAACUCACGGAGGGUC